AUGACGUUAAAUUCGACAAUCUCCAUUCGUAAAACAACAUGCAAGGUGAACGUCGAGUUCCCGGACUCCUUUCGGUGUCAAGUGGCAACCAAGGUUGGCGUGCCAUUGGGCAAGAGCAGAACUAGUGUCGGAAAGCCAACCGAGUUGACCAUCUCGACUGGUACGUCGUUUGGCGUACUUCAUGCGUCUGUGACGGAUGCCGUCACGACUGCUGUCGCCGAACACCACGCUGUCCCAACGAACAUUAAGCUCUCUUGGGACCCUGCUACCCAAACUACCCCCAGCGGCAUCUUCGUAAAGGUGUCCGCAAACACAACGCAGGAUAAACACGUCCAACUGACGCUGCAAAACUACUCGGAUCUGCUCCAACAAGUAUGGGACAAAGCCAGCAAGAUUCGAAAUGCAUAA